AUGUCUUCAUCUUAUGCUGCAGCGAUGUCAGCUCUUCUUUCAUCUAGCUCUCCUUCACCCAUCAAACCUGAACCUUCAUCAGAACCAGCAUCUAAACCCGACCAGGGCCCCCGCCCUCCUCGGGCUUCACAUAACCCUCCUCGAUCACCUGAGCCUCUGGGGUCUUAUGAUGAGCAACAGGAGAAUCCUGCAGACUAUGACGUAGGUGGUUACUACCCUGUGAGAACUGGAGAAAUGUUUGUUGAUCGUUACCAGGUGGUUAAAAAGUUGGGAUGGGGCCACUUCUCCACCGUCUGGCUUUGCUGGGACAUGUUGACGAGGCGUUUUGUGGCUCUGAAGGUGGUAAAAAGUGCUGAGACAUUCACAGAGACGGCACAGGAUGAGAUCAAACUCCUUAAAUGUGUGAGGGAGAGUGAUAACAAAGAUCCUAAACGUGAACGGAUCGUACAGCUCAUCGAUGACUUCAGGAUCUCUGGAGCCACUGGAGAGCAUGUGUGCAUGGUCCUGGAGGUUCUUGGUCACCAGGUGCUGAGGUGGAUCAUUAAAUCCAACUACACCGGCCUCCCACUGCCAUGUGUGAAGAGCAUCCUCAGACAGGUUCUGCAGGGUUUGGAUUACUUGCACACAAAAUGCAGGAUCAUUCACACAGACAUCAAGCCAGAAAACAUUCUCCUGCGAGCCGAAGAUGUUUAUCUUGCAAAGCUUGCAGCCAGCACCAAGCUGUGGCAGCUGCCGGUGAACCCUGCCCUCAGCAGCUCAGCGAACACCGACUCCAGAGAAAAACAGCGUUUGUUCAACCUAUUUGGGAAGCUGACCGGGGUUUUGCACUCCCUUGGAGAGUGGUCCAGCAAGGUCUCCAAGAGUCCAAUCAAGCGUCUGGCAGGGAAGGACAGAAGCCAUCUGGGACAGAAGAAUCCAGCUGACCACAAACCAGACAAACCGCUGGCGUCUCUCUCUGAUGCUGCGGCAGCCUCAAGCGCACACGGCUCAACGUUGAACACAAAGCUCACAGGUCCUAACCUCAGGAGAAGGAGACAGACUUUGCUGUUUGAGGACACGCUGGACAGUGCUUCACACAACUGCAGAGACUCAGCUCGGCUGCAGUUUGGCUCACAGCCAAACUGCAGCAUGGCUACUCCAGUUUUUGGGUCCAGAACUGUGAAACUUCAUCAAACUGCAGGCACAGAGCUUCCUCCCCCUUCAUCAUCCUCACCCUCAGCUCAAGGAACGAGUGACCCUGAAGUAGCGUUAGACCUCCUGAAACCUCAAAGUGCUGACAAGAUUCUCAUCAAGAUUGCUGAUCUGGGCAACGCCUGCUGGGUGCACAAACACUUCUCUGAAGACAUUCAGACUUGUCAGUAUCGCUCCAUUGAGGUGCUGAUUGGUGCUGAAUACGACACAGCUGCCGACAUCUGGAGCACGGCCUGCAUGGCUUUUGAGUUGGCCACUGGAGAUUAUUUGUUCGACCCUCAAGCUGGAGCUGCAUUCUCCCGCGAGGAAGACCACAUUGCCCACAUCAUAGAGCUACUGGGACCACUUCCAUCUCAGUUUGUCCUUUCUGGAAGGAAUGCUAAACACUAUUUCAACCGAAAAGGACAACUGCGCCACAUCUCAAAGCUGAAACCGUGGAGCUUGAUGGAGAUCCUGCUGGAUAAAUACGAGUGGCCACAGGAGGAAGCUGCCCACUUUAGUUCGUUUCUCCUGACCAUGUUGGAGCUGCAGCCACAGAAAAGAGCCACAGCUGCUCAGUGUUUGAAACACCCCUGGAUUACCUCCUGAGAUGUAAAACCUCGGUCUUACAGAGCAUGGCUGACACGUUCUGUCACACAGGACGACU